CUUUUGUCAAGCAGGGGGGCCUCAAAAGGUCAGACCUGUGAUUUAGGAAAAGCAAUUUGAAAGCUAAGUGGAGGAUGGGCUGGCCUUGUGAGGCAGAGAGACUGACUGGAAAUCUGUUGGAGUAGUUUAGGUAUAAGUUGACCAGAGCCUGAAACAGGCUGGGAGCAGGAGAGAAGGGGGUAGCAGAGAAGAGAUGCUGCAAAGGCGAAAUAGCCAGAGGACUUGGCAGCUGGCUGGACAUGGGGAGUGAGAGUGAGGCCUGGGGGCCUAGCAGGAUGGUGUUGCCUCCACAGUAAGAAGGAGCUUAGGAAGAGGGGAGGGUUGGUGCAGGAAGGAGGUGGGAUGGGGAAGGAGUUCAGUUUGUGACAUGUUGAGUUUAAGGUGAUUGUGAGACAUCUAGUUCCAGAUGGAUGGAAUGGAGGGUGGAGAUGGGAUACCGGAAGUCAACAGAAAGGUUAAGGCUGGACAAAUAGAUCUGAGAGUCAUAAGCAUAGAGAUGAGACGUGAAUCUAUGGUAAGUGAUGAAGAGCCAAGCCAAGUAGUAUAGAUGUGUUUUCUGCUAUUGUACCUCCUGGUGCGCUGGCUAGAGCCCUCCACCUAGAGUGAGGAAAACCUAAAUUCAAACCUGGCCUCAGGCACUUCAGAGCCUGUGAACCUAGACUAGUCACUUAGCUGCACCCAUAAAACAGGGAUAGUAGCACCUUCCUCCCAGGGUUGUGAGAACAAAAUGAGAUGUUUGUAAAGGAGCUAGCUCUUAGGAGAGUGAAAGCUCCCUGAAGGCAAGGACAAACUAAUUUCUUUUUUAAAAUAUCAGCUGCAUGCCCCAGCAAAGGCCUCAAUACAUGUUUGUUGGAAGAAUGAAUGAAUGAAUUUGUUCAUUAUCUGAGUGGGGGAGCCUGAUGCUGAAGGGCAGUGGGCCUGGGGCUUUGGGAUGGAGGAACAGGUUCUCGUGGGUUUCUUUCCAUCAGCAUCCACAAUGUCAAUCAGAUUGUCAAUAACCCUAAUAACCAGGUACGUAGAGGCCCUCCAUUGCCCACGAUUACCUUCAAUUAGAGUGUCCGCCCUAACACUCUCCCCACCCCGCGAGCGAAGGACUAGAGGUCGAGUCCCGGGAUUCCAAGGGAAGAGGACCUCCCUCUCUCUUCCCUGCGGUUAUGGCCAUGGCAGGGCUCGGGAGGCGACCGGGACACCAGGCAGGGUCAGCGCAGCUUGGAGAGGCCCCAGAGAGCCCGGGGAGCCCGGGCGCAGAGGGGGAAGAGCACCAGGCUGGGUCGGGACUGGAGCCCGAGCCGGAGCCCGAGCUGGAGCCGGAGCCAGAACCCGAGCCGGAGCUGGAGGAGGGACUGGCAAAGGAUGAGGAGCAGUUGGAGCCGCGGGGUCCCCGCCCCCGGCCGCCGGUCCUGCCCCUGCGGGCCAGCCAAGGGCUCAAGAGGAAGCCGGCCAAGGUGGAGGCUGAGCUGCAGCUGCAGCAUACUGAUUUGAGAAGGCCGCCGUUGAGAAAGGAAGACUCUGAUGGAGCGCAGGGAGAACCCUCCCCAACAGCCAAACAGCACAAGAAGGCCAAGAAACGCAAAAGCCUUGGGGUGCCGCCCCCUUUGGCCACUGCUGCUGUGGUCCCCACCCCAGCAGAAGCCCUGGGGCUGGAGAGGAAAGCUCAGCGCCUGAGGCCAUUAUAUCAGUACAUCAACUACAGCAACCCUGAGCUGAACCAGGCUGGGGAGGGAGAAGCCGAGGUCGAAGUGGAGCUGGGCGUGGUCCCAGACGAGGCAUCAGGAGGCCCAGAGGAGGCAGGAGUCGAGAAGCCACAGACCUCACCCCUGGGAGAGGAGGGAGGAGAGGAGCCUGUGCCCAUUCUGAGCUUUACUCCAGGCAGCCAGCUGAAGGCUGAGGUGGACAAAUCGACGCAGGUGGAUAUCGCUAAGAUGCUGAGCGUGUGUGCAGCUCACCUCGUUCCUCCACUUUCCCCCCAGUAUAAGUGACAGAACCUCAGCGGCCUGUCUUGCUCAUGCUAGUGCUGUGGCCGAGUGGCUCAGCUCACAAUGGGGGCUGAAGAGGGUCACUCUGCUGAGAAACUUAUUGGCCAGAAGGAUCCAAGGGGCUUUAUCAUGUCUCUACCUAAAUACCCUUAUGCCACUUUCUCCAUUUGGUGGUAUCACUGGAUGAAAGCUUUCUUAGCUUUGCUGGCAAUAAACAUUUUUAGCAGUU